ACAAUAUCAAGCACAAAUUUAGUGGAAUCUACAAACUGCAGUCCAGCCUCAGGAACUAAAAGACAGAGGCCAUCUUUUUUCUUCAGUCGACCAAAAAGUUGGAACUUGCGGUCAUCUCAGAAGGAUGGAGAAGAAAAGAAUAAAAAGGCAAAUCUACAAGAAGAUUUUAUGACUAGGCAUGCACGACUUCAAGCAGAAGCAAGGAUGGCUUUAGCUCAAGCUAAAGAAAUGGCCCGAAUGCAGAUGGACAUUGAAAGACGAAGAAAAAAGAAAUCUCCUAUUGCAGAUAUGAUUGGUAUUAUUCUUCCUGAUGGUUGUCAUCGUCUUAGUCGUCAAAUCCUAACUGACAUGAACUUAGCACAGCUGCAAGUGAUUGUUAACGAUUUGCACACACAAAUAGAAAAUUUAAAUGAAGAACUUGUUCAGUUACUGUUAGAAAGGGAUGAUCUCCACAUGCAGCAGGAUUCCAUGUUAGUGGAUAUAGAGGACCUUACAAGAUACUUGGGUGCAAAAAAUGAAGCACUUCGUAACCAACAAAGUAUAGAUCAACUCGGCCCAGCCAAAUCAGCUAGUAAGUGAAUGUCUCGUGUGAAGUUUGUUGUUUCCAAAUCACGUCUCUAUACUCGCAUUAUCUUAGAGUGUUAAAUGCUGGAAUAUAUACUUUUGUACAUUACACUUUUAUUAGUGUAGAAGAAUUUCAUGAACUGUAAAUAUGAACUUCAUCAAGAAAGAAAUGACAGUAAUUGCAGAAGAAACAUUGAAUAACUUUAUAUAUGUAUAAUUAUGUCUAAUUUGUUUAUCUUACUCAAUCUCUAGGCAGACUGACUUUCUUCUCGAUAUAUAUAAAUAUAGCGUAAUAUAGAUAGUGACACAACUAAGGAAUAUUAGUUAGUAAUUUGAUGAAAUGAAAUGAAAGACAAGUACCAAAUUAUUAAAAGUUUGUCAGUUUUUUAUCAAUGUAUUUUGUUACCUUAGCUUAAGAGUGCUGUACUUGUAUGCAAAUAUCAUAUUGGUGGGAUACUGCAUGCUAUCUACCAUUAAAUUGUGCAUACAGUUAUAUCAUUAUCUGGGUAUAUGGCAAGAAUGUAUAUUAGAUUUUUAAUUGACAGAUUGGUCGGUAGAAAAGAUUAAAUUGAAAAUAAAUGUCUAUAAAGAGUAUUAUUUUAAUAAUAUCAGACAAGGAAGUGGCAAUGGUAAAAAAUUUUUAACAGGGUAAUGAAAAGAAUAUAAAGUAAAUAAAGUGAGUUGACUUUUGGUUAGUGUGAUCUUAAGAUCCCUAAGAAAGAGUAUUGAUUGAAUUAUAUAUAUAAAACAUGAUGAGUAAGUCUUAACAAUGAAUUUAAAUAUUCUGAUCGUGUGAUGAAUGUGUUAUUUUUGAAAGAAAUUUCAAUGUAUUUAUGUACACGUGACAAAGUCUUUAGACAAAGUUAGAUGUUUGUGUGAUGAUUAAAGUUCUCAAAAAAGAACUACACAAAAUAUAAUGACUGAAGUCAUUAGGUAGAGUAAUGGGGUGCAUUUUUUUGGUAAAACAUUUGUUUGAAUUAAUUUCCUGACAGAAUGGUACUUGAUAUUACAAUAAAUUAUCAAGUAUACUUACAAGAAAUAGAUAACAAGACAGCUGUGAAUUGCUUUUAAGAGUUGUGUUGAUAUUUAGUUAAACAAAGUAAGAUACAAAUACUGUGGAUUUCUUUAUCUUUAGUGAAAUUUUACAUGAUGGACAUGUGAGAAUGUGCCAACUGUUAUCAGUUUUAAGAAAAUAAAUCUGUGUAUCUUAUACUUAGUUAUUUUGUAAAGAUAUCUUAGAUGAACAUAAUAUGAUUAUCUUAAUUUUGAAUUAUUUUUUGGUACACUUAUAUAUGUAUCACAAAAAUACCUAAAGAAAUUCUAUUGUGAAUAUUCAUUUUAGAAAAUACUUACAAGUUUUAAACAUUAUCCUAAACUUCGCAAAAUAGUAAAACCAAAGUUCAUACAUUUUAUUUGUGUUUCAUUUAUACAUUAUUUAACUCAGUUUUGUGAUUUGAAUCAUUAUGCUUUUUACAUCAAAUGAUAACUUCUAGUGCUGCUUUAGGAGUGGUUUAUGCAAUCACAUUGUAUUGAUUAUUUUAUAUAUAUAAGCUACUUUUUGAAGAUGAAUAUGGUGUUUUAGUUCUAGUUAAACAGUCUCAUGCCAUCACUGACAUAGAGUACUCUGUUAUUGUGUUCUAACUACUUUAGUUAAGCUGUGUAUCAUAAAUUCACAAACAAUGUAUCUGUAAAUCUGUGCCCAAUAUUUAUCUUAGAGAAUCUGUGUAUACAACAUAAUUAUUAUUUUAUAUGUAUAAGUGUGUGUUUAUGUAUAUACACACACACACACACAUAUAUGCAACCUACAGACAGCUCUUGAUUGUUAGAGUAAAUUUAGCUGUAACACAGCAAUAUACUUUAAUCAUGUUGUUGGCAAGAAACAUUUGGAUGUUAAAAUUGUUAGAUGGAAUGAAGCAACAGUUUAUUUUGUAUUUUUUUAUUAUAACUGAUUUGAAACAAAUGAAAGGGUUGAUAAAUUACAUUUGUUUUUGUGUGAUGAAAAAAAAAAAGAUGUGAAAGAAUGAUUAAUUCUAAUGUUUCAAAUUGAAUUUGCCCACAAUUGUGCACUUGUAGAUCUAUUUGAUAUUUUAAAUUGUACUCUUGUGAAGUUUAGUUUUGUUGAGAGAAUUAUCAGAAUUCUGGUUAUAUUAAUCUAUUACCUUAAAAGGUAGACAUAGGCCAACAUAACUCAUUUCUUCAUCUUUAAUUUUGCCCAUUACAUGUUGAAAGUGUAAUUAGAUUUUUUUUUUACUUUUUAAGUAGCCAAUACUGGUAUUUUAAGGUUUUUUUACAAUUUGUGAGAGCUCCAUAUUAAAACUGUAAAAAAUUAAGAGGAAAGUUGCAAUUUGUUGUGUACUUAGUAACUAAAACUAAUUGGGUGCAAAGUCAUAGAAGAAGUCCAAAAAUAAGGACAAAAUAUAGGUUAUUUUCUCUUCGAAAAAUUACAGAAUUGUUAUUUGAUAUUUUAUAAUUGUAUAAACCAGUCAAAAAGAUAACUUUAACUAGCAUAAUAUUCUGUAACUAUGUUUUGACACAAUGAAAGAACUAUAUUAACACAAAUGUACUGUUCAUUUUUUCUAAAUGUACAGGUUGUUAUUAAUCAUUGUUUACUGAAGCAUUUUAUAUAAUUCACUGGCAUCAGAAAUAAUGAAAAAAUGGUGUUAGUUUGUGUUUCAGUAAUAUUAGAAAAAGUAUUUUCUAAAAAGCUUUUUUCAUAUUCCAAUUUAAUAAUGUGUAGAUUUUGUUAUCUAUAUAUGAAAGUAAAAUUCAUUUUAUUUUAAAAUUUAAAUAUUCUGUCCAAUAUUUUAAGUGUGAGUUAUAAAGGAAUUAGGAUAGGACAUAUAUAAAGUGAGUAAUGUAGGCUUUUCAUUCUAACAGUUUGUCAUUGUCUUAGUUUAAUUUUAUUGAAAACCAAAAAACGACGAUUAAAAAUAGUUUAAGAGCAUUUGGUAUUUUAACACACUUUGUGUUGUGGGAUAUUUUAUGAAGCAGUAUGAAUGUAUAUUCUACCCAUGAAAAUUGACUAAAGACUGUUUUCUUAGAUUUCAGAAUUUUUCAACAUUUUCUGAUGAAAUGUGUUUCAAGGAAAUAUUUUAAUAUUUUGGAAGUUAUUAUACUGCAGGCUUGUCACAUAAAAUUAUUUUUUUUUAUGCAAAAAGCAUACUUGCAAUUUGGUAUUAAUUUCAAAUUAUGUUUUUUGUCCCCCUUUUUUUUUAAUCAGUAAAAAUUCAAAACUCCCAUGGUUUACAAUAAAGAUUUAAACAUUAUAAUCCGGAAGUAAACCAUUAACUGUUAUUAUCAUAACUGGUAGUUACAGAACAUAAUUACUCAAGGUAAUUAUAUAAAAUUUAUUAACAAGUUGGAUAUAUUGAUGCUUUUUCAAGGUAACAUUUUCUAGUAAAAUUAAGGUUAGAAAUAUAUUUUUAAAAAGCAAAAUAUUGAUGCAAUUAGUUAAUAACUCACUAGAUGGCAUCUCAUAUUUGACCACUUUUAGUUUUUCAUACAAAAGUAUUUCAUAAAUUUUGUUUUUCCAGAAAUCUACAAAAGCUACGAUUAUUGUUGAAGUUAGCAAAGAAAGUGGUGUUUGUACUUUAUGAAUAUUCUGUAAAAUUUCGUGCUUUAAUUGAACUUGUCAUUAAUAAUAAAGCUGUUAUUCAAAGUGA